UUCUUUUCUUUGAAAAAAAUACAAAUAUUCGAGCUUUUGUUUUUUCAAGCCGAUAAGACCUUUAUGUAUUCUCCGGACUCUUGUGCUCUCCAGGCCCCUGCAUCCCCUUCCUUCUAGCUUGUAUUGAUAACUACUUUGAGCAAAAGAAUGGCACACCGUGAGUCGACAGACAAGCGGCCAGCUAACAGCGUGUCCUCGUCGGCGUCAACGACGGACCCGCACCUCAGCCGAAUAGGCACGCCGCGGCAAUACUCUGCCAUUAACGCCAUUCCGCCGCCGCAACCACACGCCAAGGGCACGCCAACCCCUGCUGCGUCGCUCGAGAGCCAGGGUGCCCUGCAGCCAUUGACUGGAACGAGCAGCACGCCGCGGUCGCUCGAGCAGGUGUCGCGGCCGGCCAGCCGAUUGAGCCACGCACCGUUUACCUAUUCAGGCGUGUUUGGGCAGAACACAUGGGAUGAGGCCGCAAAGCAGAGAGAGGAGGGCAGCAGCAGUAGCAGCGAGGAGGAGGAGGAGAGCGAGAGCGACGGCGAGUCCUACGAGGGUCUGGCAGUCGAGGACAUUAACGAGACGUAUGACCAGGAUCUGCCCGAAUACGUGCACAACCCAGAUCCGUUCACGCAGAGCAUUUUUCUCGAGGAGGAAGGAGUCACGAUACACCUGCGCGGCAUGUCCAGCAGCGUGCUGGCUGGGUGGGCGUACACAGUCCUCGGCAUUCUGUCGUGCGGCGUGAUUCCGCUGCUGUGCCGAUGGGUCCCCAAAUGGAAGAUCGCGUGGACAAUGCAGCCUGCCCGCCUCGCUGACGCCGAGACUGUUGUGGUUACCGACGAGUUUGGCGCCAUUGCCAGCGUGCCCGUGCAGCGGCGGUUCUAUGGCGGAUCGCUCGAGUCCAUAUUUGGCUCGCUGACCCGCAAGGGGCCGCUGCAGGACCACAACGACGACAUUGUGAACAGCCUGGCCAUGUUCUCGCACAUGUACUACCGGUUCGUGUACCACCCGUAUUUGGAGAAGUUCCUGCCGAACGCGUGCUGGAUGGACUCGCAGUGGACCCGCGCGCCGGUCAGCAUCCGCGCAGGGCUCACAUAUGACGUGCGCGACCUGCGCAGCACGAUUUUCGGCGACAACAGCAUUGACAUUGAGGAGAAGUCGACGGUCAGGCUGCUGUUCGACGAGGUGCUGAACCCGUUCUACAUGUUCCAGGCCGGAAGCGUGGUGCUGUGGUGCUUCGACAACUACUACUACUACGCGACGUGCAUCCUGAUCAUCUCCAUCUCGGGCAUCCUCGAGACGCUGGUCGAGACCAAGCGCAACACGCGCAAGAUCAAGGAGAUGGCACACUUUUCGUGCCCCGUACGCAUUCUGCGCGACGGCAUCUGGCGCGACGGUAUUGCCGAAGAUCUGCUGCCUGGCGACGUCUUCGAGGUUGCUUCCAACAUGUACACGCUGCCAUGCGACGCGGUGCUGCUCGAAGGCGACUGCAUUGUCAACGAGAGCAUGCUGACCGGCGAGAGCGUUCCUGUGGCCAAAACUCCGGUGGUGCCGGCGGUGUUUGGCAAGAUGCGGCUGGCCAGCUCGACUUUUGGAGCGGAUAUCGCCAAGCACGUGCUGUUUUCCGGGACCAAGCUUGUGCGCGUCAAGAAGACGGCCGUCGGGCUCGGCGGCGACCGGUGGCUCAGUCUCGAGCCGCAGCGCACCGGGAUGCCCGCCCGUGCCACGGCCAUGGUCCUGCGCACAGGCUUCAACACGACCAAGGGCGCAUUAGUCCGGUCGAUCCUGUUCCCCAGGCCAAACAAGUUCAAGUUCUACGAGGACUCGUUCCGCUUCAUCGGCGUGCUGGCCGCCAUCGCCGUGAUCGGAUUCUUGGCCAGCAUCAGCAACUUUCUGCGUCUGGGCCUGACUGCCCACAUCAUCACCGUGCGCGCACUCGAUCUGAUCACCGUAGUUGUGCCGCCUGCCCUGCCUGCCACCAUGUCGAUCGGCGUCAGCUUCGCCCUGGCGCGCCUGCGCAAGCAGAGCAUUUUCUGCAUCAGCCCAACCCGCAUCAACGUGUGCGGCAAGGUCAAUGUCAUGUGCUUUGACAAGACCGGCACGCUGACUGAGGAGGGCCUGGAUGUGCUGGGCGUCAGGUCCGUCAACUACGACUCGUGCACAUUUGGCGCAAUGCAAGAAGACCCGGCAUCGCUGCCAACUGGGCCCAUGGCUGCACCCAGCGCCCCGAGCUCGGCAUUCAGCAGCAUGGACAACCGGUAUGCAGGCGGUCUGGCUGGUCUGGGCAGAAGCGCAUCGGUCUCGGCGCCGCGCCGCGCGGUGGACCCGUCGAAGCUCAGCGUCCUGCAUGCCCUGGCGACAUGCCACGCCGUCAAGGUCAUCGACGGCCAACUGGUCGGCGACCCGCUGGACGUCAAGAUGUUUGAGUCAACUGGCUGGAUCAUCGAGGAAGGCGACGAGCAGAGCAGCCAGGAGCCGCCCACCGGAGAGCAGCUGGCAGGCGGCUCGCUGAAAGUGGCCGGCCCGGUGCCCACGGUCGUGCGGCCGCCGCAGGCCAGCCGGUUCACCCUGGACCAUGCACCGCAGAGCGUCUACGAGCUGGGCAUCAUCCGCACCUUUGAUUUUUCAGCCGCGCUGCGUCGCCAGAGCGUGGUGGCCAAGCGCCUAGGCGCCAAGUACAACGAGGUCUAUGUGAAGGGCGCGCCUGAGGCUAUCCGCGAGCUGUGCUUCCCCGACACUGUGCCGCAGAGCUUUGACAAGAUCCUGCUCGAAUACACCAACCACGGGUACCGCGUUAUUGCGCUGGCUGGCAAGCCGCUGAAGAUGUCGUGGCCCAAGCUGCAGCGGCUCAAGCGCGACUCGGUCGAGCAGGACCUGGUGUUCCUGGGCUUCCUGGUGUUUGAGAACAAGCUCAAGGACACGACGGCGCCGGUGCUCCGCGAGCUGCAGCAGGCGCGUAUCCGCCAGAUCAUGUGUACUGGCGACAACGUGCUGACUGCCAUCAGCGUUGGCAGGGAGUGCGGCAUGGUGCCUGAGGGCAUGCGUGUCUAUGUGCCACAGCUGGUGCGUCCCUGCCAAGCCCUGGCAGCCACCAGCGACGACCCGCAGGACCUGGAUUCCCUGGCUGCGCGCGCACUGGUUGUGUGGGUCGCGACUGACGACGACAAGUACAUUCUGGACCCCUACACGCUCGAGCCACGCGUCGCCACAUCCCCUGUCAAUGAGGAGCUGCUGGAGGACUCGGCGGAGACCAUGGAGGAGAUGCGCGAGCAGAUGCGCCAGUACUACGACUGGCUGCACAACUACACUGAUACAGACCUGCGCCUGACAACCACUGGUGACUACUGCGUAGCCGUCACUGGCGAGGUCUUCCGAUACAUGAUGGACGAGUCGCCGAUGGCCACCGUCGACCGCAUGCUGAUGCGCGGCGCCAUCUACGCGCGCAUGUCGCCCGACGAGAAAGCGGAGCUGGUAGAGAAGCUGCAGGGGCUGGGCUACUGCGCUGGGUUCUGCGGCGACGGCGCCAAUGACUGCGGGGCGCUGCGUGCUGCCGAUGUCGGCCUGUCGCUCAGCGAGGCGGAGGCGAGCGUUGCCGCGCCGUUCACGUCGCAGUCCACCGAUAUCAGGUGUGUGCUGGAGGUGAUCCGCGAGGGCCGUGCGGCUCUGGUGACAUCCUUCUCGUGCUUCAAGUACAUGGCCCUGUACAGCAUCAUCCAGUUCACAUCCGUCAGCCUGCUGUACGAGUUUGGCGGCGGGCUCGGCGACUUCCAGUUCCUCUACAUUGACCUGUUCAUCAUUGUGCCGCUGGCGGUCUUCAUGGGCCGCACGCCGGCCUACCACAAGAUCAUGCCGAAGCGGCCCACAGCUAACCUGAUGAGCAAGCGCGUGCUGACGUCGCUGUUUGGCCAGAUCGUCGUCAACUCGGGCAUCCAGUUCAUUGUCUACCGUGCGGUCAAGCAGUCGCCCGGAUACACGCCGCCCGUGCGCACCGACCCGACCGACCUGGACUCGCUGCUGAUCAUGAGCUACGAGAACACCGCCUUGUUCCUGAUCUCUUGCUUCCAGUACAUCCUGGUCGCCUGUGUGUUCAGCAUCGGCCCGCCGUUCCGCCAGAGCAACCUGAGGAACCACGGCUUUGUCAUCACUGCCGCUGUACUGGUGCUGUUCACAGUCCUUGUCACGCUCUGGCCGACCGACUGGAUCAACGGUGUGUUCGAGCUCAUCGAUGUCAGCACCGGGUUCCGCCGCACUGUUCUUGUCUGGGCAGCAAUCAACUUUGCCGCCAGCCAGAUCGGCGAAUCGUACGCGUUCCCGUGGAUUGCCCCGACCAUGGCCAAGGUCACGCGCAUUGCCAGAUAUCUAGCCCGCAGCGCAAUGUGCCGCACGAAUCCGUACCAGAGAGUCUCAGGGGGCGCCAGGGGUAAUGCCGAUCCGGGCAAGGAUAUUGACGAUUUAGAGGAUGGUCGUGCCCCGGUCACCUGGGAGGAGAUUGCCCGCAAGACCGAUAUCAAGCCCUACAAGCGUGUGAUGCGUGAGAUGGCCAUCCCGCUCUGGUACUAGCUUUGAGUUAUUCUACAUGUACAACCAUUCCAAAAUUUCAUUAUUUUC